AUGUGGUGGAAAUUGAAGGAAGUGAAAUGUAAAGACGAGUUUGUGAAUAAAGUUUUGAAGGAAGUUGAUGGCAAAGAAGUGACAUGGAAUGCAUUGAGCGAGGUGAUGAGGACAGUUUUGAAGGAUGUACUCGCGGUAACAUCAGGGAAACCGCCCAAGGUAGACAAAGACGCAUGGUGGUGGACUGAGCAAGUCCAGGAAGCGGUGAAUGCGAAGAGACAGCUGAAGAAGAUCCGUGAUCAGUUGCAGACUGACGAAGCUGCCAUAGAUUACUGGGAGGCGUGUAAGAGAUGUAAGAGAGAGGUGGCGAAAGCAAAAGACAUGGCAUACAGGGAACUAUAUGUGAAGCUGGACAGCAAGGAGGGACAAUCAAUGGCCAUACGGAUAGCAAAAAGAAGGGACAAGAUCAAGGUGAUUAAGGAUGAGGAUGGCCGGACCCUCACUGAUGAUGUGGAGAUGGAGGGCAUACUUCAGGAAACUGUUAAAUGA